AUGGCAGAUAAAAAGAAUUUCGGUAAAUUGACUUCAAAUAGCAAGGACGGUGAAGCUAGUAAUGAAGCGACUUUGAUGAUUAGUCUUGAUGUUAAAAAGCACCGUAGGUACAGUAGUUCAGAGAGUGAUAUGUCCGAAUCGAUUGUAUCGUGUUAUGAGUUAGGACUGGCGGACAGAUUAGAAAGCAGCAAUGAUGAAAAUGACAUUGAUGAAGAAACAAUGUUCGGAGUUAAUGAUGUGGAGAGUUUAACGGGAGCGCCUGAAGAUGAACUAGCUGAUUUUUUCAUGCAAGAACUUUCAAGUCAUGACGACACAAACGCCGACGGCCAUAACAUUGUUUCAUCUUUCCUGAGAGCUUCAGAUGACGAAGGAAGCGACGGUGGUCGUGGAGAUGGCUUCAAAAAUUUGUUAAAAGCUGAGAACACAACCUGUGAACUGGGAACUGAAGCAGAUAAUGACAAAAAUGUCAACAACAACGCAAGAGCCAGGGAAAUGCCUGUUUCCAGUGAAAAAGCUUGUUCGUCAUAUGAUGAAAAUGAUGUUAAACUCGUCAAAAACCAAAGUCAUGACGUCACACAGAAACAAUCACAACUACGCUUGAAUGCUAAUGUGGAAACGGAAGAGGUUCUUGAUCGUUUGCAACAACAAAUAGAAAACAUCAACUGCCUCGCAAGCAGUCACAAACCGAGUGAAGCUUCUAAUUCUCAAACUAGUGGCUCAUACAAAAAAACUAACACUUGGCUUUCAAACAAACACAAACAAAAUCAAGAUUACGAUUUUACUUGCAAAAGCUCAAAAACAGGCAGUUCUUCAGCACUCAUGAAACUUGUACAGUAUCCAAUGGACGCAUUAAACGAUUCAAAUAAUUCUCUAUAUAAACUUCUCAGCGUAAAGAAAUGCACAGGUAAAGGAGCCAGAGAUGUGGACAGUUACAAAAUUGACAAAGCCACGUUAUUAAACAGAAAUCUACCUGCCAAACAAAACUCGUUGCACGUUGAUUUAUCCGAUGCUUUGCUACUUGAUAUGACCGCCAGUGCCGGCACUUCAGUCAGACCUUCCUUCACGAAUGUUCCUUGCCAAACUUUAAAAAGUGCCUGUUCAUCGUCCUGUCUUCCAACUCACUCGUCUUUUCCUCAUCAACGUUCAAAAGCGGAAUCACAGAUAGAUACGAAUUAUAGAUAUGCCAACGAUCUAAAUAAUUACGACAACUCUGCUAUUAUUACACCUCAUACCUCUAAUGAGAACAAUGCCGAAAAUUGUAAUAACCCUAAUAAAAAUGUCGCUCCAGACGUUUAUAGUGAAAAUAGCGAAUGAAUAUUAUGCCCUGUUUGUAUUAAUAUUCCGUCACAAUAUUAUAUAUAACGUGAUUUUAACUUGGCAUUUUUUACAUAAUGUAAGUAAUUUUGUUUGAAUGCUUGGAUUUUUGACGUCUUCUGCAUAAGAUGACCUUCACUGUGUUAAUUUUACUCAAUUUUUUCCAUUAUUUUGUUCAUUAUAAUAAAGUACGUCUUACACUU